ACUGCACUGUAAUCACGUCGUCUCAUCUAACUUCGGAAAAAAUGUCGUCAGUUGAGAAAUUGAGCAUUCAAGGGAUAAGAAGUUUUGGCCAAGAUGAUGGUGACCGACAAGUCAUCCAGUUCUUCCAUCCAUUGACCCUCAUAGUAGGUCAAAAUGGGGCAGGGAAAACGACAAUCAUUGAAUGCCUGAAGUACAUCUGUUCAGGAGACUUUCCUCCAGGGAGCAAGGGAGCCUUCUUCAUUCAUGACCCUAAGGUUGCUCAUGAAACGGAGGUCAAAGCCCAGGUCAAGUUGCGUUUUAAGGACAAGGCAGGGAAGGACGUCGUCGUUACCAGAAGUAUGGUUGCUACACAAAAGGUUAAGAAAAUUGAGUUCAAGUCUUUAGAAGGAACUAUUUUGAGGGUUGACAACUUUGGACAGAAAAACAGCAUCAGCUCAAGAUGUGCCGAAAUAGAUCGAGAGAUGGUGGAGAGUCUUGGUGUCUCCAAACCAGUCCUGAGUAAUGUCAUCUUUUGUCAUCAAGAGGAAGCCAACUGGCCUCUCAGUGACGGGAAGACUCUGAAAGGGAAGUUUGAUGAGAUUUUUGCUGCUACCAGGUACAUCAAAGCUCUUGAAACAAUUAGGAAGUUGAGAACAGAACAGAAUAGUCAAAUUCGGGAGUACAUCGCAGAGACAAGACAUCUUAAAGACUGGAGGGAAAAAGCAAAACAGCUAUCCAGAGACUUGGAUGACAAGAAGGCUAGAUUAGCAGCAGCUGAAGAAUCGGUCACUAAAAUCAACGGUCAGUUGAGACCCGUUGAGGAACAAUAUGAUGAUCUGGUCAGAAAGUCCCACCAGAUUACUAAGCUGGCUAAUGAAGUUGCCAAGUACCAAGGAGAGAAAGACCAGCUGAUAAAGAGCAUGAGGAAUGUAGAAGGGCGUCUUGAAAACAUCUUCCAAGGUUCUGUGGAUGAAUUAAGAAGGAUCUACAGCGCUCAUAAGAGUAAGAUCACUGAGAAAGAACAUCAACUUCAAGAGAAUGAGAAUAAGAAGAUGAGACUUGCGCAGUCGGCUCAGAGAAUAGCCAAUGAGAAGUCCCAGCUUCUCGUUAAGCAAGGAGUCCUCAAACAAGAAGCACAGCAACAACAAGAGAUGAUCCGUCGGCGAGACCAGCGAUUGCGUAACCUAGCGAACCAGCUCCACCUGCCCGGUUACAGCGAGGCAGGCGAGGUCACCAGGGCGGAUGAGUUCAUAGAGGAGACCAAGGUUUGGAUGGAGGCGCUGAGGGCGGAAAGUCAGAGGAUCAAGACUCAACAUGAAGAGAAGGAGAUGGGGGUCGAGAGGCAGUCGCAGGAUCUUAGAGAUACCUUCACCCGUCUAGAAACAACCAUCAAGAGCAAAAUGGCUACCAUUAGAGAUAAUUCCACUAAGCUACGAGAGAUCAAGGGGGAGCUGAGCACCAUGGGAGAGAGCUCCCAGCGACUCAGGGAACUCGAGAAUGACAAGAAAAGAGCUGAAAGUGAGCUGAGUCAGGUUGAGGGGAGUUUGAAUGAUGAUGUCAUUAGACAAGAGAUUGAUUCCCUACAGAGAGAAGCAAGGCAGUAUGACAAAAGGAUGUCGGAGCUCACGAAUGAAUUAACUACCAUCUCUUCACAGUCACAAGCCAGAGCAAAGCUUGAGAUAUUGCAGAAAGAUAAAAACGUCAAAGAAGAUCAAAUAAAGAGACUGAGAGGAAAGCAUGAAGAAGAGAUGCUUCAUCUUCUUAAUCACUUCCCGUCGGAGAAUAUCAGAACAAAGCUCUCAAAUUAUCUGGUUGCAAAGACUGAUGAAGUGAAGAGAUGCAAUAAUAAACUUCAGCAAGCAAGGAUGAAUCUAUCAGCCAAGGAAGCUAACAGAAACUCAAUCAUGGACCAUCUGAAGAGGAAAGAAGGUGAUUUGAGAACCAACGAAGAUCAGUUGAUGUCAGUUUGUGGGACGCAAGAUAUCGACGACUCAAUACAGCAAGUCACUCAAUCGAUCAACAGUCUCCAAAACGAGCGUGGAGCACUGACUGGCAGUAAGCAUUUAUUUGAUCGAUACAUCCAAUCCCUGCAACGAUCGGAGGCACUCUGUCCUCUCUGCCACCGUGGCUUUGACUCGGGAGAAGAAGUUCAGGAACUCAUUCAAGAGCUUCAAGACAAACUGCGCCUGGCUCCAAGUAAGCUAGCUGAGAAGGAGCGUGCUAUAACCAAGCAGAGAGAAAAAUCUGAUCGGCUGUUGGCUCUUAGACCUAUCAAGGAUGCUGUGACCAAGCUAUCAGAUCGUGAGAUCCCAGAUCUAAAAAUGAAAUUGUCAGCCGUCAAUGCUGAUAUUGAGAAACUCAAUGCUACCAUCAGCGAGGCAGAGGAUGAGUUGGGUAUGCUGCAGGUGGAUGAAGCAAUGGCAAGGGAUAUGAUACCUGAUAUACAGACCCUUGAGAAGACAUUGAUGGAACUCAGAGAUCUGGAACGCAAGAUCGGAGAACAGUCCAGGCACUUCUCUGGAUCCGACGUGACCAGAACUCUCCAACAAGUCAAGACAGAGACAGAAGAGAUCAAGAUCAAAAUGAAUACUGUAAAGAGUACCCUUGAUAUGAAGCAGCGACAAAGGCAGGAGCAUGUUGAUAAUAUAAACAUGAUGCGGAUCAGUAUCAAUAGCAUCACCAGUGAGGUGCUUCGUCUAUCAGCAAAGCUCCAAAAGAGAGAGAAACUAGAGAAUGAUCAGGCAGAGUUGAACACUAUCAAUGGAACAUUCCAAAGAGAGAUUGAGUACUCAAGACAGGAGCAGGGUCCAAUUCAGCAUAAGCUUCAGACGCUAGCACAAGAAAAAGCUGCGAUCAUCCAGAAGAAAGAGAGUGAAAUCAGAGGAAUAAGAGAGAAGAUUGAUGAAGUCCAACAGAAGUUAAGGGAUAUCCGCGUUGGGACAGAUAACAUUGCAAAGUAUGUUGCGGAUGGGAAGGAUACGCAGCUGGCUGAUGUGGAGGUGAAGAUCAUGGACCUCAAUGAUAAGAUGAGAAAAUCAGAUGAGGACCUGAGUCUGAUGGUAGCAACCAUCGAUCAACUCAAAGAUGAUAUCAGCAAUCAAAAGGUGAAAGAGAUGGAGCUGGAGAAUAACCUGCACCUGUUCAAGUAUCGACAAGAAGUGGAGAAGAAAACGGCGGAGAUUGAUAAAUUCCAAGAGAAACUGGGCGGUUACAAUCAGAUAACCAUCGAGAGAGAGAAGACGGAUAUGGAAAGGAUGAAAGCUGAUCUUAAUAGACAGAAAUUCUCGCUUGAUGGGAGAUGUACGGAGUUGAGAAAAGACGUUGUAAGGCAAGAGAGGGAAUUACAGACUGACACAUACAAGAAUGCAGAGGGGAACUACAAUGAUAUGAUGAUCAAAUGUCGGACGACAGAGAUUGCUAACAAAGAUUUAGACAAGUACUACAAUGCCCUGAACAGUGCUAUCAACACGUAUCACAGUCAGAAGAUGUCUGAGAUUAACAAGAUUGUUCGAGAUCUCUGGCGUAUGACGUACAAGGGAAGUGAUAUUGACUUCAUUGAGAUAUGCGCUGACGAUGAGACGGGAGCUUCCACCACUCAACGGAGGCAGUACAAUUACAGGGUCGUCAUGGUGAAAGGAGACACAGCGCUGGAUAUGAGAGGAAGAUGCAGUGCAGGUCAAAAGGUGCUUGCAUCCCUGUUGAUACGCCUAGCCCUGGCAGAGACAUUCUGUUUGAGCUGUGGUAUCUUGGCCCUUGAUGAACCUACCACUAACCUUGAUAGAGACAACAUUGAAAGCUUGGCACAUGCACUUGUAGACAUCCUAAAGAGUCGAGAAAACCAGAGAAAUUUCCAGCUGUUGAUCAUCACUCACGAUGAGGAGUUUGUUGAGCUGCUCGGCCACUCUGACUAUGCGGACCAUUUUUAUAGAGUCACCAAGAACCCAGAUCACAAGUCAACUGUUGUAAAGCAUGACAUUGCUACUCUGCAAGCAACCCAACAGUGAUGAGAAACAGACAUCAGAUCAACACCCUGACCCUGUAACAUGAUGCAAACCAGUUUCAUUUCUUCCGCUAAAAGUGCUGUCUAAAUAUCUGAUGAUUGCUCUUGGUGAAGAUCAAUUCAUUAAUAUUAUGAGUUUACUUAUUUAGCAGUUUAAUCUGCUUUUUACUUUGAAAUACUCUGAAAAACUAUUUAUUUUUUGUCUAAUCUGUCUUUAAUUUGACUGUGCUAUCUAAAAAUUUGCUUUCUUGUUAAACUGCCUUGUGCUACAUUUGAAAAUAUGUUUCUGGAGAACCAGAGAACUGCAUAGCUGGGCCCUGUUGAAUAAAAGUUACUAUCGUGGUAACUUUGCCAUCCAAUGAUAACUACCAGCGAGCUACCAAGUCUCACGCAUUAUGCGUGAGACUCAAG